CCCUGCGUGUGCCGUAGUUGGUGUGCGGUGUGUGUGCGUGUGCGUGUGCGGUGUGUGCGGUGUGUGCGAGUGGCGUUUCUUGUUCUCUUGCAGGGUACAAUGUUAAAAAGCCACCGCUAGUCGCCCCCAGUGCUCCUACUCUCUGGGUCUUUUUGUCUCUAGUGCAGAUUAAACGUCACGUCCGCACUUGAACUUGAAUUUUAUCCCAUUGUACAGAGGCAGCCCCAGCCAUAGAGAGACAGAGCGCUCCCAGAGAACCAGGACUCCGCCAUCUUCACAUUGCAAUAUAUAAUAGUAAUAGCCAGCACCAGCCCAGCUGCACUGGGGGCUUCCUUCCUUCCAGUCCCAGUGCCAGGCGAGGGGGGAAGAGUGCAAAGUGGUGCAGGAGCACUGGCAAUCCAAAAGCACCAGGGCAAAGCAGUGCCACUUGAACUGGGAAAGAGGAGACACAGUUUCGGCUACCCCUUUUCAAAAAAUUCUCUCUAUAUAUCUACCCAGCAAGGGUCAAUCUCUGAGAAACAAUUUUUUUUGGAGAUUUUUUUUUUUUGAGUGGGGGCUAUCCCAAUUCUAGUACUUUUCUUCUUUUUUUACUACAGUUUUUUUUUAAUUUUAUUUUUUCUUUUUUCUUUUUUUCUUUUUUUUUUUUUUUUUACCCUCUUGUUGGAAAAGCGCACUUGCCAAUUUGCCAAGCACUCUGGAAAGAGGGAAAGAGAAAAGUGUCACUGGCGGUGCAUAUCCUCCUAAGUUCAAGAAGAGAUCUGGAAGUCCAAGUGGCAGAAGCAGUGGAGAAAAGACAGUGUGUGAAAGAGAAAGAGAGCGAGAAAGAGCUUUUCCUGAUGAUGAUGAUGAUGAUGAUUUUUAAUUGAGAGGGAAUCCCAACCAGUGCACCACAGCAGCAACAAAAAGGAGGCGGUUUUUUUCGUUUUUGAUUUUUUUGAAAGAAGAACUCGAUAAAGAAGAAGAAUAAAGAGGGGGAAAAAAAGAGGAGGAGGAUCGGCCCCCCAACACAUCCCCCCAAACCAGUGCAGCUCUCCAGGCGAUGCCAGUGUAAAUGCCAGGGCAAUGUCCCGUCGCAAGCAGGGAAACCCGCAGCACUUGUCACAAAGAGAGAUUAUCACACCAGAGGCUGACCAUGUGGAACCGGCACUGGCCGACGAGGACGAGAGCCUGGCAAUAGCAGACCCAGGCGGCAUCAGCAUCGCCGCAGGCGGGACAGACCCCGACUUGUUAACCUGCGGACAGUGUCAGAUGAACUUCCCGCUGGGAGACAUCUUGGUUUUUAUAGAGCACAAGAGAAAACAGUGCAAUGGCACUGGUGGUGUCUGCUAUGAAAAGAGCAUGGAUAAGAGCAGCCCUCCCCCCUCCUCACGCGCCGAGCUCAGGAAAGUGUCAGAGCCAGUGGAAAUCGGGAUCCAAGUCACACCCGAUGAAGAAGACCGUCUUCUCACGCCUACAAAAGGAAUUUGCCCCAAGCAGGAGAACAUUGCAGGGCCGUCCAGGCCUGCAAACCUGCCGGGGGCUCCCAUAGCUGCCUCCUCCCACCCUCACACAUCCGUGAUCACGUCACCUCUCCGCGCACUGGCCUCCCUCCCGCCCUGCCUUAGCCUGCCCUGCUGUGGUGCACGUGCAGUCUCAGUUGGCGGGACUCAGACUGAGAUUCAGACUGAGACGUCAGGCACAUUUGGAUGUCAUUGUCAGUUGUCAGGUAAAGAUGAGCCUUCAAGCUAUAUUUGCACAACAUGCAAGCAGCCUUUUAAUAGCGCUUGGUUCUUGCUUCAGCAUGCCCAGAACACACAUGGAUUCCGCAUCUACCUGGAAACAAGCCCUUCAAACAGUUCCCUUACUCCACGCAUCACCAUCCCUCCUCCUCUGGGACCGGAGACUGUUGCACAGUCCCCGCUGAUGAAUUUUCUUGGAGACAACAACCCCUUCAACCUUUUGCGCAUGACAGGACCCAUCUUGCGUGAACACCCUGGCUUUGGUGAGGGUCGGCUCCCAAACACGCCUCCGCUGUUCAGCCCACCGCCUCGUCAUCAUCUGGAUCCACAUCGCCUUAGUGCCGAAGAAAUGGGGUUAGUUGCCCAGCAUCCCAGUGCCUUUGACAGAGUUAUGCGUUUAAACCCCAUGGCAAUUGAGUCCCCAGCGAUGGAUUUCUCCAGAAGGCUUCGAGAGCUGGCAGGAAACAGUUCCACCCCUCCGCCAGUCUCACCCAGUCGCACCAACCCUAUGCAUCGUCUGUUGAAUCCUUUCCAGCCGAGUCCUAAAUCACCUUUUUUGAGCACCCCGCCACUGCCCCCCAUGCCCCCCAGCAGCACUACGCCUCCCCAGCCUCAGGCCAAGAGCAAGUCCUGUGAAUUUUGUGGGAAAACAUUCAAGUUCCAGAGUAACCUUAUCGUGCACCGUCGCAGUCACACAGGAGAAAAACCCUACAAGUGUCAGCUCUGUGACCAUGCUUGCUCCCAGGCCAGCAAGCUAAAACGCCACAUGAAAACGCAUAUGCAUAAAGCUGGCUCCAUGACGGGCAGGUCAGAUGAUGGACUGUCCACCACUAGUUCCCCUGAGCCAGGCACAAGUGAGCUCACUGGAGAGGGACUGAAAUCCAGUGAGGCAGAUUUCAGGAAUGAGAGUGAUCCUUCCCUGGGCCAUGACAACGAAGAAGAGGAAGAAGAGGAGGAGGAGGAAGAAGAGCUUGAAAACGAGAGCCGGCCAGAAUCGAGCUUUAGUAUGGACUCAGAGCUGAGUCGUAACCGAGAAAACGGCUCCAAGUCGCUGCCAGAUGAGAAAUCCCUUGUCCUGGGAAAAGUCAUUGAGAAUGUAAGUCUAGGUGCCAUUCAGCAAUAUAACGACAUGUUAGCUGAGAAACAGAAGAGGAGUAGCUUCAUGAAAAGGUCCUCUGACCAGCGAGACUUGUGUCCUCGAGACCUCUGUCAGAGAGAUCCGGGCGACGAAGACUCAGUGGUAGGAGAGCUGGACCGCACUGAGGAAGGUACGGUCAAUGGAAGAAACUUUGGCCCGGGUGAACCCUUCCCAAACUUGUUCCCCCGCAAGCCAACACCUAUCACGAGCCCCAGUUUAAACAAUUCCUCUAAAAGAAUAAAGGUAGAGAAAGAUUUGGACUUGCCACCAGCAACGAUAAUACCUUCCGAAAACGUUUACUCCCAGUGGCUGGUAGGGUAUGCAGCAUCGCGGCACUUCAUGAAGGAUCCGUUCCUCGGAUUCACAGACUCCCGACAAUCCCCCUUCGCGACCUCUUCCGAGCACUCGUCGGAGAACGGGAGCCUGCGUUUCUCCACUCCGCCGGGGGACAUGCUUGACGGGGGGCUCUCAGGGCGCAGCGGCACGGCCAGCGGAGGCAGCACCCCCCACAUCAGCGGACCUGGCCCCGGGCGACCCAGUUCGAAGGAAGGACGCAGGAGCGAUACAUGUGAGUACUGUGGCAAGGUCUUUAAGAACUGCAGCAAUUUGACGGUACACCGUCGGAGCCACACUGGAGAGCGGCCUUACAAAUGCGAGCUCUGCAACUAUGCAUGUGCCCAGAGCAGUAAGCUGACGCGCCAUAUGAAAACGCAUGGCCAGAUAGGGAAGGAGGUCUACCGCUGCGACAUUUGCCAGAUGCCCUUCAGUGUUUACAGCACCCUGGAGAAACACAUGAAAAAGUGGCAUGGAGAACAUUUGCUGACAAAUGACGUCAAAAUUGAGCAGGCAGAAAGAAGCUAAGGCCCCCCCCCCCCGCCCCAUCCCCCCC